GUAGCGCACGGAUUCCUUGACACAAAUCCUACAAUACGAGAACAAACUGUUAAGUCAAUCAUUCAUUUGGCGCCCAAACUUAGUUACAAUAACUUAAACGUCGAAGUAUUACGUCAUUUUGCUCGGCUCCAAUCACGUGAUGAUCAAGGUGGUAUUCGAACGAAUACAACAGUGUGUUUAGGAAAAAUCGCUCCACAUUUACAUCCACAAGUGCGCCAACGUGUCUUAGUAUCAGCCUUUAUUCGAGCAAUGCGUGAUCCAUUCCCACCGGCAAGAGUUGCUGGUAUACUGGCGUUAGCUGCUACACAGCAAUAUUUUCUACUUACAGAAAUCGCAAAUCGCAUUUUGCCAGCAUUAUGUUCUUUAACAGUGGAUUCUGAAAAAACGGUACGUGAUCCGGCAUUCAAAACAAUUCGUGGCUUCCUUGGCAAAUUGGAAAAGGUUUCAGAAGAUCCCAGCUUACGUGAAACAAUGGAAGCUGAUGUACACACAAAGGAGUCUCUAGGCAACGCAGCUGCAACGUGGGCUGGAUGGGUGGCUACCGCAGUUGCCGCAAAGUUUUAUCGUAGUCAAAGUGAUACUGGCCGGCCACAGCGUCCCCCAUUAACUGGUAAAGCUAAACCUGCUUCACUAGAGCAACCUUCUAGCAGUAGCUUGUCAACAACUACAUCAAGCGUCACGUCAAUGACAUCUUUGGAACAUGAAAGCAAUGAUACAUCCGUUUCCGCUAGCGAUUAUGGAAAUGAUUUAGCUAGUGAUUAUGGCAAUGAAAAUUGGGAUGUAGCCGGAGAUAUGGAUACAUCACAAGAUCCAAGCAGUCCAAUAGCAGCAAUGGCAUCAACAAGUUUGUCAAUAGCGUCAAACACACAAAAUUUAUCAAUGUCACAGAGAAAUGUAGAUCAACGUGAUGAAUGGUCAUGGAAUGAUUGGGGUAGCUUGGAAGAGCAACCGGUAAGUAACUCUUGAAAGAAUUUUCAAAAA